AUGGCCAACAUAUCGACACUCUUCCACAAGUUCCUCUCUCUCUUCAUCCUCCUCCUCCACCUUGGCUGCUUCACUUUCACCACCAACAACCACCACCCUCCAACCAAAAAACACAAGCUCUCUUCCCUUCUCUCUAAACCCACCCUAAAACCCCAAAAAGCCCUCACAGCCUCCUGGUCCUAUCUCAAGCGCAUCUUCACCUCCCCAAGAACCUGCAAGAUCACCUGCACCAACAUCAUCCAAUCCCACCUCUCCACGCCUCCUCGCUCCUCCCACCACUCCAUCGUCUCCCUCGUCCAACCCGACCCGGACUCCAAAUACCCAUCUGGCUCCUUCCCUGAAUCCGACAUUUCGGCCGCUUCCCACCCCUUCUUCCCUCUCCGAAAUGAUAUCUUCCCCUGCACCGCCUGCGGCGAAAUCUUCCCGAAACCCGAGACUCUCGACAACCACCAAGCGACCCGCCACGCCGUUUCGGAGCUCAUAGACGGAGACUCGGGCAAAAACAUCGUCCGGAUCAUUUUCAAAACCGGCUGGACCGAUACCCGAAAAGCCCCCGAAAUUCGCCGGAUCUUGAAGAUCCACAACAGCGAAAAAAUCCUGUCGAGGUUCGAGGAGUACAGAGAGGCCGUGAAGUGCAAAGCGGUGCGAAAUGGCGCAGUUCGGAGGAGGGACGAGCGGUGCAUCGCCGACGGGAACGAGCUUCUCCGAUUUCACUGCUCGACUUUCGUGUGCGACUUGGGACUCAACGGGAAUUCCGGGAUUUGUAAUCGCGAGUACUGUAGCGUCUGCGGGAUUAUUAAAUCCGGAUUCUCACCCAAGUUGGACGGCAUUUCCACGCUGUCGAGUAGCUCCAGGGCACACGUGGCGAUCCCGGAGGACAUCGAGGAGGAGUUUGAGUUCAUGAACGUGAAACGUGCCAUGCUUGUUUGUCGGGUCGUGGCGGGUCGGGUCGGGUGUGACUCGGAGGAGGAUCUGCAUGACGUGGACAAGGAGGGCGGCGGGUUUGACUCGGUGGUGGGGAGAGGAGGGAGUGGGGCCCACACGAGGAUGGAUGAGGAGGAGCUCUUGGUGUUUAAUCCGAGGGCUGUGCUUCCUUGCUUUGUGAUUGUGUAUACAGUGUGA